GUCGACGGAGUACGAUCGUAAUUUCCGUGUGUCCGUUCAAAAAGCUGGGUGAAAAGCUCGGUCUUUUGAAGAAAAAAAAACUGCCGUCGGAAGGAUUCCGAAAAAUUCUCCAUUUAUCAGAAAAAUCCGUAAAACUGCUGAUAAUAAAAUAUUCAAAUUCGGGAGUGAAAAUAAAAUCGAGUACAAUGAAAUAGACGAAUUUCGAUUUGAGCUGAAAAUAUCGCGAUGUCCCAACGGGAAUAAUACUGCAUCGAUCGAAUUGAUAACUGUAAAAUUCCGAAUUAAAAAUCCACUAAAAACGGAGUCCAAAAUUGAGAUUUUAAGAGCUUUUGGAAUCGAGGGAUCCUGCUUCGAGGCUGGAUAACAAAGAGGUUGGAUACCGAGUGAGAAAAAUAAGUCACGAGCGUGUCACGACCGAGGAAGAGGGUUGCAACGAAUACAAAAAACACAUACAUAUUCGAUAGAGAAAGGGCAAGAGGUCGUUGCGAAUGGAAAGGUGAAAAAUAAAGAAGGAGCUGGCUGGAAUAGGAAAAAAGGAGUUGCUCAGAGGCUUACAGCAGGAGAGUGAAUGUCCCGCGAAUUAUAUCACUAAGAUUUUGUCACUCGAAAUAAAAAACCGUUCAAUUAAUUAAAGGGAGCUUUGAAGGAAUUACAUUUUUUCCGUAAAAAUUAUUACGUCCUAAUUCCUUGUCUAAUAAAGUGCAAUAGUGUGCUGUUCCAAAGAAAGGUGUUGAUUUAGUGCAGUGUUUUAUUUCCACGUCGUGCUCGCUUUGUUUUCUUGAUAUUCGAGUGUGUCACGUCGGGAGACAUGUUCGACUGUUUCUGAACGAAUCAACGAACCCUGUUAACGAUCGCACCACCCACAAAAAUCCUCGCAACUAAAAUAAAUAAUAAAUUAAAUAUCGUUGGACCUCAAUAAUUAUUAUUCCGAGGUUUUCCGGUGAGCGAUUCUCUUUGCCUGGAAUAUUCGAUCGUGUCAGGAGGGUACUUUAUUCUCCUGAAUAAAUCGUAAAGCACCAGUUCUCAAAAUGGGCUGCUUUGGGAGCAAAGACAAGCUGAGCAAGGAGGACAUGGAUUUUCUCAAGUCGCAUACUCGAUACGACGAAGCGACUAUCAAGGAAUGGUACAAAGGAUUCAAACAAGACUGUCCGAACGGACGACUCACUCCGGCGAAAUUCGUCGACAUGUACAAAAUGUUUUUCCCGUCCGGUAAUGCGGAGGAAUUUUGUGAUCACGUUUUCCGUACAUUCGACAUGGACAAAAAUGGCUACAUCGACUUUAAGGAAUUCCUUUUGGCGAUUGACGUGACGUCAAGUGGCACUGCCGAAGAAAAAUUGAAAUGGGCAUUUCGGAUGUACGACGUAGACGGUAAUGGGGUCAUCGACAUUCAGGAAAUGACUAAAAUCGUUCAGGCGAUAUACGAUAUGCUUGGAGCGUGUUCGAGCAAUCGACCGGCGGACAGUGCCGAGGAAAGGGCGAAGAAUAUAUUCGCGAAAAUGGACGAGAACAACGACGGUCAAUUGACACAGGACGAAUUUUUGAAGGGCUGCCUGCAGGACGAGGAACUUUCAAAGAUGCUCGCUCCUUAAUCCAAACGUGUCACGUUCGCAUAAAUAACAAAACGAAAAACGAAAAAUUAAAAAUUAAAAAAAAAAAAAAAAAACAUCACCAACGUUGAAAAAAGGAAAACAAAUGAAAACAAUUUAAACGCUAUAUUAACAUAAUACUAACGACAAACAAAUAACAAAAUUAUAAUAAUGAUAAUAAUAACGGUACUUAAGUAUUUAUAUAUAAAAAUAUUAAAUAUCGAAUAUGGAUAUGAAGCAUUUCACGUGACCUUUUCAUUCCAAAAACCUUCUGAUUCGUGCUCAUCGUGUUUUUUUUUUUUUUUUUUUUUUUUUCAUGUAACAAAUGAGACGAUACGUACAGUUACUUUGGCUAUUCAAAAUUUUGAAUUCCUUCUUUGUUACUCUUCUGAAUUUUAGUGAUGUAGCGUGAGUAUCGUAACGAAAAUGUCCCAAUAAUUUGAAUUUUUUUUAAACGUUUUUUCUAAUUGAAUUAAGCCAGAGUAUGCAGAAGCCAAUUAUUCGUUUAUUAUUUUGAAUUUUUUCUUGGUGAAAGCAUCACUUUAGCUGAUGCAUUUGUUUUAAUUGUUUUUUUCUCUCGGGAGCUGAUUUAAAAAAAAAAAAAAAAUUGUAAAACCGUAUCAAGAAUUCAAUUGCGAUUCCAAGAUGAAAAUAUUGAAAAAAUAUAACGAAGGAAAGGUUCAGGGGUUCCGAAAUGAAAAGUUGUUGUGAAAGGUUUCGUAAAUAUAUAUUCCGGGGUGCGCCAGGCCUUAAGGAGAAGGGCCGAUGGAAAAAAAAAGGCAAGAAAAAAUAGAAGCGAUUGUGAAACUUUUUGAAAAAUCUUUUUUUGUUUACAUCGACGGAGAGAGUCGAGGGUAAUGAUAAACGAAAAAAAAGAAUGAAACAUGAACGCGUAUCGAAAAUUUUCAUCGUAAAUGAAGUAAAAAAAAAAAUUGUUCGCGUGUUUCUUAUCGUCCGGACGGCCGAAGGAAAAGAGAGAGAGAGAGCCGUGAAAAAAAAGAACGGACAAGAGAAAAAGGAAAAUUGUAAAACGAGAAUGAACAAAAAAAGGCACGAAAUCUCAUUACGAUUAAUCGCUCGUGAGGGAGGAGCGCGUGAUCGUGUCGAGCGUUUUCACCACAAAGCGCGAGGGUGGAAAAGGAAGGAGAGAAAUGAAAAAUAAUGCGAAAACGAUGGAAAUAAACACAAACACGCACGAGACUUCGAAACAUGCAUAAGCAUAAAUAAAUUUAUCCAUAUUUCAUUCGGUGUAAAAGCAUCCAUGGAUAUUUUAUGUUUCCCAUAUACAUGAAAUUCACAAAGAAACCACACACACACACACAGACACACACACACACACAGAAUUUGUAACAACAACAAAGUGAGAAUUGGAAGAGAGAUAAAAGGGAAAAAUUGCACGCCAGCGAGCAUUUAUUAUGUUACUCGUGACGAAUAAUUAAUAAUAGUUAAUACAUAUGUGUACCAUAAAGCAUACAUAUAUAUUAUAUAUAAAUAUUAAUAUAUGUAAGAACGAGGAAAAAAUAAUAGGGGAGGCAAAAAAAAAAGAAAGUUGGCGUGAUAGUUUGAAAAAAAAUGAUAAAAUAAAACCAAUGUCGCUUCUAAUGAUUAAAUAUUCGCGAUAAUCGACCAGCUACGAAAAUAAUCUUUCUUCGGAACAAUCAUCACUCUAUGUGGAUUAAAUUAUUAGAAUUCUAAGAGAGCCCAAUAUUAUGAUUAUUGAUUUUUAUUGAUUUUAUGAAAUAAUAGUAACGCUAAAACUAUUAUUAUUAUUAAUACUACUAUUACUGCUGCAACUACAAAAGUGAAAAAAACUACUAAUAAUUACACGCGUCUACGAUUAAUAUUUAAUAUGUUUUAAUGAAAAGAUGCCAGCAAGAGGGAGAUUAAUACUUGAAACGACUAAUAGCUGACUCUCUAAUCGUUAAUGUAUUUAGAAACUCGUCGAUUUGAAAUUCGUAAAUGAAAAAUAAUCUUCUUUAAUCAGUCGCACAAAUUUACGAAGAAUCAUUUUGAGGAACGAAUCUUUUCAGCCUUCAAAUCCACCGGUUAUUUACCUUCUGGGAAAAACUUUUAAUCGAAUUUUAAUGUUUUUUUUUUUUUUUUUAGAAAAAAAUCUACGGAAUUUAAAGAAAAUGACUUGCGUCACUUCCUUCGGUUUUAUGAUGGGAAAAAAACCACGACAAAACUUAGCGGAGUUCCUCCUUUAAAUUAGCUAUAGAAUUUCGACCAAUUGCACUUUCUAAUUAGAUAAAUCGUACUGUUCUCCAGAUCGAUGAAAUUUUGAGGGUUCGACUGUUUUUCUCCCAAAUAAAAAUCGCUCGAUCUGGGUUAAUUCUCGUAGUCGCAUAACUUAGGCUAGUCACAUAUCAUCGCAUCCCUCCAUGCAUUAACUAAAUCUUAACUACGUAGCGCAAACAAAAUGAUUAAUUAAUUGACUGGAAUAAAACGGGGCGACAACAAAAUGUUCGUUCGAUACCGUGAUUCGCGGUUUUUCAUCAUCUCGAUCGAGUGCUCGUCUCCCACUAAUACUUGAGCAGGGAACCACAAAUUUUGUUUAUUUUGACGAAUUUUUAUGGAAAAAAAUUAUUUCUGCAGAGAAACAAAGAAUUUUGCGCGAUUUUUUUUCAUCGUUUUCUCUUCGAUUAAGAUUCCUCGUGAAUUCAACGUUCGCUACUUUGAUUUUAUCGACGAAUAAACUUGAAACCUUACGUACUUUCAUAUUAAUAAAUAAAUAAAUAUUAAAACAAAAAAGAAACCACGAUAACGUCAAUUUGAACAAAUGAUGGGGACAAAUGGGAGAAAGUCAACACUUGAAUACCAAAAACAUAAAUAUUUGCCUACAUUUUAACGAUUAAAAUGGUUAUACGAUGGGAAAUCUCGUACCAGUUUAAAUGAUUUUUAACAUGAUCGAAAUAAAAUAACAAUGAAAUUGAAUUUUCCGAUGAGGGAAACACUCGAACAAACGUUAUCUCCAAUCGAAUCGAUAAAUGGGCAACGAAAGGAGAGCAAGGAGGAAGGGGGUGUAUCGAGAUGGAACAAAUAUUUUGAUUGCGAUAAAAAUAAGAAAACAUUGGAAAAAAAAAAAAUUCUUCAAUUGUGAGAAAAAUUCGAUGAGACUUUGAAAAUUGUAAGAUUUUGAAGUAAUAUUUUGGGUCAGUAUUUCUAUAGCCCGAAAAGAAAAGGAAGGUCACAAAUAUCAAUCGGAUUCAGGGAUUUAAAGAUGAGAAUUUGUGGAAACAAUUGAGUAGAAUUGCAUGAAAAAUUUUUGGAAAAAAAACUACGAGAUCUGAGCCAAUUUAGCCUUUUGCAUUAUGAAAAGAAAAUAGUUUUGAAUAAAAUUCGAAAAUUUCGCAUAAAAUAUUGUGAAAUUUGUAAAGAGCUUCGAAGCUUUCGAGGUUGCAUCGAAGUUCCCCCCCCCCCCCCCCCCAAAAGCGGGCUCAAACCAAAACUGUGAAAACUUACCAGACCAGAAAGAUAAAGGGAAAGAGAGAUUGGCAGGCUACAAGUGUGCAGGUCGAAAAUAAAUAGGUGAUGCGCCAAAGUUUUAGCGCUUAUCACCAUUUUUGUAAUUUUUACCUUUUUCUUUUAUCAUCCAAUCGGAAAGUCAAGCAUCGACAAUCGAAUAAAAAAAUAAAAGAGAAAAAAAACAAAGGAAACACAUGCCGCAUUUUUCACGUUGUACGUGAGACUGCACGAAAGCGCUUUGAACUCGCAAUGAAUUUGUGGAGAAAAACAAGCAAUUAAUUAAUUUUCUCAUAGUAUAUAUAUUUAUAUUUUUUUUUUUUUUUUUUUUUUUAAUUUUUUCCAUGAAUUUAUUCUGCGUAAGGUUCGAACGAUAUUCAGCUGUGCAAAUGUGGUACAGUCAAUUUCAACGAGUAAGAGAAAUAUGAAAUAAUAAAAAAAAAAAAUAUAUAUGAUGAAAUGGAAAAAUACAAAUUGAACGAAAAAUCGUAUUGAAACAAAAAAGAACCGAACAAAUUAAUUCGAGAGUCACUCGCGUGCUAAAAAGUGUCGGCAAUUUUAUAUUUUUCUACUGUUCUGUCCGCUCGUGCCCUCUUAAAAUCACACAACAUACACAUACACACUUUGUCUAUAAACACACAAAUAACAUAUAUUUAUAUAUAAUAAUCACGCUCCUGCCUUUCUUAUUUUUCAAAAAGAAAAAAAAAAUAAAAAAAAAAUAAUUUUUUCUCAUUCCGGAAUGAAAAGUUCGGAAUUUCAUUUUCGCUCGCUAUUUUUUCGAAUUCUCUGCCGCCAUAUCGAUUUUUUUCUGCCCACUGGCUGCACGUAAUAGCUGCAUGAAAAUUGUCAUUUCAUUGUAAAUCUGUGUUCCUUAAAAAAGGAUUGAUUUGAAAUUGAAUUUUUUUUCACUCCAAAAUUACGCUUCAGCUUCUUAUUGUCCUAUGAAAAACUGAAAACCUUUUUCACGGUCCAAUUAAACGUAGGACUGCGCCCAAUCACCCGAUUCAUUCAGCCUACACACUCGAGGGACGAAAACGAAACGAAGAGCAAAAAUAAAUAAUAAUAAAAAAAAAUAAAUAAAAAAAAUCACAAGAAUCAUUAAAAAGAGAAAACAAAUUACAGGGGGAGAAAGAGAGAUAAAAACGACGCUAACGAAAAAAAAAAAAUGUCGAUCGAACGUCAUUGGAAUCAAUCUCGAUUGAACGUGACUUUUUUUUCAUGCGACGACGACGAAAAGCCUCCGUUAUUAAGCUCUGUGCGAAAAAUCGCGUCGUAAAUGAAAGCAAAGAUCGAUUGGAACUGAAAAAAAGUCAUAAAAUAAGGCAUUAAUCAGCGCUGAGAGACAAAACCGUUUGGAAAUAAUGAAAAAGAAAAAAGUUAAAAAAAAAAAAAUGUAAUAAAAAACCAAAAAAAAAAAUGCGCUCGAAAGCAAUAAAUAAUUCUCGGAUAUUUCAUCGAAUUCGGACGAGUAAAAAUCGUUCACUCACCGAAACGAGAAGCGUGUAAAAAUUUAAAUACUCGACGUAUAAAAACUAAAUGAAAUCAAUCAUGUCGGUACCGUUUAUUUUUCAAUUCUCUAUAUUAAUGUUGAGCCGUAGUCUCGUACCGGAGAAUAUAGAAUUUGUGUGUAAAAUAUUUCACGAAAUGGGGGAAAAAAGCAUCCUCAAAAGACGAGAAAAAAAAUGUUUGAAAAAGACAUUGCGUUUGUCACAGUUUUAUCUUCACUGGCAAAAAUGAAAAUUUUCAGUCGAAUGAUGUAACGGCGAAGCUAAAGAUGUUCCAGCCUUGAAAUGCGCGCAAAGGGAGAAAAAAUUACCGAAUAAAAAGAAAACUCCAGUCGAGAGAAAAAGAGAAAGAGAGCGAGAGAGAAAACAGAAAAAAUGGCGAAUAAAAUGUAACCUGCCAUUAGUAAUUCAUCGGUGUGCGUAUGUGCUCUUAAAGAAUGUGCAUAAAUACACCAAUGUAUAUAAAGAACAAAAAAUAAAAAGAAAUAAAAUCAUGCGUAAACUUACGAUACUAACAUCGUUAGAUAAAAGAAUGAAUAAAUACGAUACAAUUAUAUACAUAAGUAUAUAUGAAUAUGUAUAUGUAUGUAAAUAUGUGAAUCUACGAAUGCAUACGUAUACAUAUAAAUAUAUGAAAAAUUAUUAAUAUUAUUAUUGUUAUUAUUAUUAUUACGAAUAUUAUUGUUGCAUUAAUGUUCUGUUCGAGCAAUCAAAAGAAGCAACUUCGUAUUUUGUAUGUGGGUGAAACAAAAAGGAAAACAAACAAUACUUGAACGAACCUACAUUGUCAUUAAUCAUUAUUAUGGAAGAAAACAACAACAGCAUUAUGAUUAUUAUUAAUAUUAUUAUAAUAAAUCGCACUGUGCUCCAAGUGUA